UUAUCUUUCAAGAUUCAAUCUGUUUAAAUUUACAAAUAUACCCUCGGAAACGGAGUCCGUUCCCCGUCACUUUCGCUUCCGACCGUUACGCAGUUUGCAUAAGAAGCAAACGAUUCCGUUUUAAGAGGGCCCUACCACCUCUCCCUUGAUCUUGAACUCCGAUCUCGAGGCAAUCUGGCCGCUACGAUGGAGCGGAUCCGGACCAGGAGCCCCGUCUAUUCCCGCCAGAAGAGCAACUCCGACUCCUCGUCGGCGGCGGCGGCUGCGCCGCCCGCCGCCCCUUCAUCUCCGGUGAUGUCCCCAAUGCACCGCCACAUACGCACAUCCUCCGGCGGUGGUGCGGCCGUCUCCCGACGCCAGCAGAACUCCGCCACCCGCGCGGCCAUGCAGCGGCUCGCCAGAGUCAUGGCGCACCAGCCCUCAAACGAUGCCGGAAGCAGCAGCGAUGAGGAUGACGACGACCUUAUUCCCGUCGUCGAGCACAGUACCCCCCGCCGCUCCCAGCGGUCCCCUUCCCCUGCCGUCUUAGGUCGAUACCUUGCGGAGCAAACGUCCAGCGUGCUUUCCACAUCUAAUGCUCGGCCAUCCAUGGCGGUGAAGACAUCUGCCACGUUGAUACCUCCUAUCAAGCCAUCAUCGAGGGCCCUCUCUGCUACGUUGCCUUCAGAGUCCAUCUUGAGUAAUCGAAGAGAAAAAAGGAUGUCGGUUGAUUUGGGGACCUUGAACACACGAGAAACUGCCCCUCCUCGUUCAUCUUCUGCCCUCCAAGAUGAGAUCGAUAUGCCACAGGAAGAGAACGAAAACAUUAUUGAAAAGUGUUCCCAGCUUAGAAUUGCAGAGGGAAUAUAUGAAGAAGCAGAGGCAAGAGUUAAACAACUUGAAAAACAGAAUGCUUCGAAUGCUGCUUUGCAAACCCGUCAGGCUAUGAAUGAAGAGAUCUCAGCCCUUAGAUCUGCGACCAAGAAAGCAAGUAAUGAGGCAGCAUCAAAAGCUGAGAAUAUUCAUGAAGGUGAUUCUGAGAUUAGAUCUCUCAGAACAACUGCACAAAGAAUGAUGCUAACUCAAGAGGAGAUGGAGGAGGUGGUUCUCAAGAGGUGUUGGCUUGCUAGAUAUUGGAAAUUAUGUGUACAACAUGAAAUUCUUUCGGAUAUUGCCGAAGAUAAAUACGAGUAUUGGUCAUCCUUUGCCCCACUCCCUCUUGAAGUUGUCAUUUCUGCUGGACAGAAGGCUAGAGAUAACUGUUCAACAGCUGAUUUGGAGGAAGACAAGCUGUCAUGGGAUGCAAAUGAUGUACCUGGGGAAGGAAAUAUUGAGAGCUUGCUUUUGGUCGAGAAAGGCCUGAAAGAACUGGCUUCAUUGAAGGUUGAGGAAGCUGUCUUGGUAGCGAUUGCUCAACAUCGGCAUGCAAAUGUCAGACUUGGUCAUUUCUCAGGUCCUCUGCUUCAAAGCGAAGUUCAAAAUCCUACAGAGACAUUUGAGUUGAAUCAGGAGGAGUCAGAUGAUGUACUCUUCAAGCAGGCUUGGCUUACAUACUUUUGGAGGAGAGCGAAAAAUCAUGGCUUGGAGGAGGACAUAGCAGAUGAACGUUUGCAGUUUUGGAUAAACCAAAGCAGCCAUUCCCCCACUUUGCAAGAUGCAGUUGAUGUUGAACGAGGCCUUUUUGAGUUGAAGAAGUUGGGAAUAGAGUUCCAACUAUGGAAAGCCAUAAGAGAAGAGAAUUUUCCAGAUUUUAGUCAUCAUCAAAGAUUCCGCACAGAGUCAGAGCUCUAAGCUUUGCUGACAGAGAUUUUACUCCAUGUAUAGGUUCAUCCACAUUCAUUUAUUGGUUCACUUGCACACCAGAUUUUUUUGCUGUACAGAAGCAAUUUAAGGUUCAAUGGCACAAGCGAUAUAAAUUGCCUCAAGUUCUUAUCCAACGGUGACUGAUCUUAUAGUGAAUGGUUAAUAACACUAGGUUUUUAUCACUUUAUGAAUUCCAAAUUUUUUUUGUUUUAUCUUUUAUCUUUUUAACAGUUUAGGUAAAUCAAGACAUUUCUUAUUUACUUGUUUAGA